AUGCUUCAUUCGCCGGACAGCAACCCGCUGUCCCUCAAACGCAAUGUCCAGCACGCUGACGGUCGCCACGAGCCCGCAUCCAAGCGCCAUCAUCUUCAAGGUUACGAUCCACAGGCGCCAUGGCUCAGCGAGACGAAGCCGCUGGACGGCUGGCGCACGCUGGGUAUUCACGCAGCGCUGCCACUGGCGCAUAUGGUCUCUGCAGUCCAAGACUUGAUCGAUCCGAAUUUUGAUCCGCUGACAGCGAUGUUGGACGAUGAGCCUCGCUUUUUGAAACCGUUGCCAGAUCGCAUUGCGCCGGAAGACCUGGAGUUUUUGCGCUUUCGUGGGGCGUUGUCCAUUCCGGAAAGUGGAUUACGAAACAAGUUGCUGCGGUCUUACAUCCAAUGGGUGCAUAGUUUUAUGCCGGUGCUCAACUUACAGGAGUUUUUGAGAUGCGUGGCAGAGAAUGACCCCGAGGGAAAUGUCAGCGUCUUAUUGUUCCAGGCUGUCAUGUUUGUUGGGACGGCCUUCGUCGACCUAAAGCUCUUGCAGGAUGCAGGGUACUCGACUAGGAAGGAUGCGCGCAAUGCCUUCUUCACCCGGUUAAGGUUACUAUACUCCUUCGACUGUGAAGAAGACCGUAUCGUCAUUCUACAAUCACUCUUACUGAUGACUUACUGGUCCGAUACUGAGAACAGCCCACACCGGGAUAUCUGGGAUUGGAUUGGAGUCUGCAACACACAGGCACAUUCAAUUGGAUUGAACCAGGACCCGUCGGCCAGUGAUAUGGAUCCGAAGGCUCGUCGGCUACGCACCCGAAUAUGGUGGUGCUUGUACUCGCGAGACCGGCUGAUUGCCAUGGGCAUGCGUCGCCCAUUGCAGGUCAACGAGGGCACCAGCAACAUCCCCAUGCUGAAACCGGAAGACUUUGAUUUUGAGCCCUACUCGCCAUCUGUAACGGCUCUUUUCCAUUGUAGGCAGCUCGAGGACCUGUCACAUCAAAAGCGCCUGGCGACGAUGUUUAUCGAGAAGGUGAAGCUCUGUCAAUGCAUUGGCAGGGUGCUUUUCGCGCAGUAUGCACCGUCGCAGCGUCAAUUCGGAGCUACAGACCGCACUACUGUCACUCUGAUUCCCCGGCAGGCCUCGGAGUCGGAGUUUACACGGUGCAGCCAGAAACUCGACUCUUGGCCAAGCGGCCUUCCGAAGGAUGCACAAUUCAUACCAGCAUCGAGAAACAAUUUCCGCGAUGGCGAAGACGUGUUAUUGCUACAUGGAGCUAUGCUACGCUUGCUAUAUCAUGCUACCAGCAGUGCUCUGCACCGACCGUGGGCAGCGCACUCGAAAGACCAGUCAAAGUCUCGCCUCGAGUGGCGUAAUAUGGCCCGAACGAAGAUGCAUGAUGCUGCUGCUGGGAUCACACAUAUCAUUCAAGGUCUCAAUCAGCUCAACCUCACCCGGUUCCUACCACAGUCGGGAGUGACGGUGAUACUUCCCGCCGCAGUAGCGCACCUCUCCAACUCCAUGUCCGACAACCCGGCUGUGCGUGAGAGCAGCAUCAACAACUUCCACCGCUGCGUCCAGGUUCUUCACCGCCUGAAGGACAUCUACCCGGCCGCCGGCGUCGAGUUCGGCAACCUUGAAGCCGCCAUCAAAUUGCAGCCCGGCAACUGCAGCUCCAACCCCUUCUUCCAAAUCAUGCAAUACAAUUUCGAACCCCCUACCACCUUCUGCACCGACGUCCGAAGACCGAGUAGCACGGACUCUAGCACUACCCACUCCCUCCACCAUCUAGAUGAUCAACACGCCGGUGAGGCCGAAUCCUCCAUCUCCCGCGCACGGCCUGUAUCCACCAGCAGCCGAGACAACCUCCAGCGCAAGCCAAGCAAUAGCUCUCCACCUCGCAACGAAACGCCCCAAUCCAUGCGCCGCCCUUUCCCGAACGAUUUCGACGACCACUUCGCUGUCUCUAACACCUCCACCGAAAACCCCUUCAGCUUCAUGUCCUUCGACUUUGACUCCUACUCCUCUCCCGGCAUCUCCUCCCCACCGACCAGCGCUAACACCCAUAACCCCAGCACAAAAAACCUGCACCUCUCACCCACUCAAGACUUCGACAGCAUGGACUGGACACAAGCCCUAUUCCGGGGUACGUCACUGUCGGAACUCGACAAGGGCAAUGGCGGUUUUGACGGACCGCACCGGACGCAGAGCCCGGCGCAGCACCCCCAGGGCGGUCAGGAGCAAGAUCCUUUUGAUUUUACACUGAAGGAUGAUGAGGAUGGAGCCGGUCAAUAUAGGCAUUGUUCGUCAGGGCACGGAGAUAUUACCGGGGAUUUGGAUAAGGAUCUUGGGUUUCAGACUGGGGAUGAGGGGUUUUAG